AUGUCGACCACUUCGAGCACCGUGGCUACCCUUGUUGGUGAUGUCGCAGAGGCUCCCGCGAAGCUCCAUGCGAAAAAGCCGUCAAUCCACUCUACUGUCCAUAUACAGACGAACAGUCCAAACUGCAGAAGCGUCCCCAGCCUAACGACAACGCCACUCCGACCCUCUCUGAAAAGAAGUGUCACAAGUGGUAGCCAGAGAAGAUCCAUCCCGAGCAAGGUCCAUGUCGACACGCGGGCAUUCAGCGGACAGCCCGCUCUCGACACACCGCGAUCCUUCCAGCAGCUGUACGACGAGCAGGCCUACCUCCUGGCCUCCCGCGUAAUGGAGGAACAACGAUCGCGCGAGCUGAUGAGGCGCCUCGCCACCCUCCAGGAAAAUCCGGACGGCGAAUGCCCCAGCAGCCAGUCCCGUAAGUCGAAGAAACAGUCGUCGCUGCUCAAGGCGAAACUCCUCAGGGCAGCCGAGCAGGAGAAGGCCAUUAUGGGCAGGCUGGGCGAGGUCUUUGUCGAGGUGCAGACGCGGCAGCGCUGGAUGCAGGCGCAGCAGGAACGGCACGUUACCAGCUCGUGGACGCCGACGCCAUGGGCCGUCUGGGAGACGGUGGCGUCGCCGAUUAGCGGGUUGAUGACGCCCAUUGUGUUGACGCCGACGUGUCCCAUUUCUGUUUCCGACGAAUGGGCCCGGUCAACAAGGUUAUGGGUGCACCUCAGAGGCGGAUUGUGA